UGGGCGGGGCCGGCGGCGGAGGCGGGCGCCGAGCCGGAGCCGGAGGCAGCGCGAGCCCGGCCGGGGAGGAGGCGGCGCCGCCCCGGGCCCCAUGGAGCUGGAGAACAUCGUCGCCAACACGGUCCUGCUCAAGGCGCGCGAAGGCGGCGGAGGGAACAGGAAGGGCAAGAGUAAGAAAUGGCGCCAGAUGCUGCAGUUCCCGCACAUCAGCCUGUGUGAAGAUCUCCGGCAAGCACUCGAGCGGGACUAUCGCAGCCUGUGUGAGAAGCAGCCGAUUGGGCGCCUGCUCUUCCGGCUGUUCUGCGAGACGCGGCCUGAGCUGUCACGCUGUGUCAAGUUCUUGGAUGCUGUGGCAGAGUAUGAAGUGACUCCAGAUGAGAAACGGAAAGAGUGUGGGCAGCACCUGAUUGACAGCUACCUAAACCCCAAGAAUGCGGAUCACGUGCCUGAAGUUCCCUUGCAGCUGGUGAGUGCCUGUUCUGAGAGGCUGGAGCAGGAGCCAUGCAAGGAGCUCUUCAAGGAAGCAACCAAGCUCAUCCAUGACUAUCUGAGCGUGGCUCCCUUUGCCGAUUACCUUGACAGCGUCUACUUCAACCGCUUCCUGCAGUGGAAAUGGAUGGAAAGGCAGCCAGUGACUAAAAACACUUUCCGCCAGUAUCGUGUGCUGGGAAAGGGAGGCUUUGGUGAGGUGUGCGCAUGCCAGGUGCGAGCCACUGGGAAGAUGUAUGCCUGCAAGAAGCUGGAGAAGAAGCGGAUCAAAAAGCGGAAGGGGGAGUCCAUGGCCCUGAACGAGAAGCAGAUCCUGGAAAAAGUGAACAGUAGGUUUGUAGUGAGCCUAGCCUAUGCAUACGAGACUAAAGAUGCCCUCUGCCUGGUACUGACCCUCAUGAAUGGAGGGGACCUCAAGUUUCACAUCUACCACAUGGGUGAGGCUGGCUUUGAGGAGCCUCGGGCGGUGUUCUAUGCAGCUGAGAUCUGCUGCGGUCUGGGGGACCUGCACCGGGAGAGGAUAGCGUACAGGGACUUGAAGCCAGAGAACAUCUUGCUGGAUGACCAUGGUCACAUCCGUAUCUCAGAUCUGGGGUUGGCUGUGCACGUGCCCGAGGGCCAGACGAUCAAAGGCCGGGUGGGGACAGUUGGCUACAUGGCUCCCGAAGUAGUGAAGAACGAGCGAUACACGUUCAGUCCCGACUGGUGGGCUCUGGGCUGCCUUGUCUAUGAGAUGAUCGAGGGCCAAUCUCCCUUCCAGCAAAGGAAGAAGAAGAUCAAGCGGGAGGAGGUGGAACGGCUGGUGAAGGAUGUACAGGAGGAGUACUCGGAGAAGUUCUCGCCUGGCGCUCGCUCCCUCUGCUCCAUGCUGCUGUGCAAAGACCCUGGGGAGCGGCUGGGGUGUCGAGGAGCUGGAGCCCAGGAAGUGAAGGAGCAUCCUCUUUUCAGACACCUGAACUUCAAGAGGCUGGAAGCAGGCAUGCUGGACCCCCCCUUCAAACCAGACCCCCAGGCCAUCUACUGCAAGGACGUGCUGGACAUUGAGCAGUUCUCCACGGUGAAGGGAGUGGAGCUGGAGCCCACAGACAAUGACUUCUACCAGAAGUUUGCUACAGGGAGUGUGCCCAUCCCGUGGCAGAACGAGAUGAUUGAGAGCGAGUGUUUCAAGGAGCUGAAUGUCUUUAGCCUGGAUGGCGCAGUGCCCCCUGACCUGGACUGGAAAGGACAGCCUUCUCCACAGCCCAAAAAGGGCUUGCUACAGCGCCUCUUCAGCAGACAGGACUGUUGUGGAAACUGCAGCGACAGUGAGGAAGAGCCCAGCCGGCUGUAGAGCCCAGCCUGUGCUCCGGGCCUGGACCCUCUUGCCUCUCCCAGGCACCCAGCCGUGCAGCACGCCAGCCUGAUGGACAAGGUAGCAGCUGCCCUGCCACAUGGGAUUUGUUUACAGUUUUGCACAUUUCUAUUUUGAGACACUCGAUGUACAGACCCAGAAAGAUGCUCUGGGCUGUGAGCAGCAAGCCCCCCACCGGGGAACACUGCAGCAGGGCCUCGCUGCACUUGGGGAAAGCACGUGGCUGGGAAGACCUGGAUGCUUCCGAAUCUGCUGCUUGGGAUUGCUCGUCUGCCGCAGCUGCUCCCCUCCACCGGGAAGGGAGGGAUCCCCCAGCGCAUGGUGGGGCUGCCAGGGCGGGAGCUGGCAGGAGCAGGUCCAGUGACACAUUCCAGUAUCUGGCCAGUCUCGCAAGCCCCAGGUUUGAUAUAUUUAUAUAGGUCUGUAUGUAUGAUAUAUCAUGCAUAGGUUUUUAAUUUCUUGGGGGAGGGGGUCCUUCUGCAUUAUUCCUCCCCCUCCCAUGGACUCUGGGCACAGCGCUUCCCACAGAGGGGAGCUGCUGUGCCUGCUCGUCCCUUGAAGUCUUGGUCAGGGACCCCUUGGCCACUUCUGGCACCUUAACGUGUCUAAAGCAUCUUCCCUAGGACCCUCUGGGACUGCUCCCGAGGCAGCUUGGCCUCCUGGGGGCGUGCAGCUGCUGUCUCCUGCAGCACAGGCUAGAGGGGAGGUCCAUUGCGCGCACAUUCCCACAGCCCUUUGGGCACAGGAAAGCACCAUGCCAAAGCAUUUACCACUAAAACGCCCAGCUGUGGGACCAGUCAAUGCUUUGCCUCACCCCCUUUUCCCUGCUGGGCACCUUGCCCACCCUGGCACUCACUGCCUCUGGACCCUCUGCUGGCAGCCAGGAUCACCUCGGCUGCUUGAGGCUGCAGUUCAGCAUCCACCGCUCUCUGCAGCCAGGCGGGAUAUGGCCUUUCCCAAAGAGCUGCAAGCCAGGCCAGCUUCUGGAUUCUGCAUGGGGUGUGGGAUAACCGGCCAUCUGCCCUGGCUGCUGCUGAGAGCCGUCACAGACAGCUUGGGUAGUCCCCUGGAGGAGCUGCAGCCGGAGUCCAGCUCGCUGCGGGGGCUGGCACAGGCCAUCAGUGCCCAACGUGUGUUACCCUCAUAGCUUUCGCUUUGUGCAGCCUCCAUAGGAAUGUGCUGCCUGUGUCCAGCUGUAGUGCCUGCAGCUCCGUCCUGUUCGGAACGGCCCCACUCAGGCACCCCACCUCCAGGCUGGGCCUAGCUGGCUGCUGCCCCAGGGACCUGUGCCAAAGGCUGAGUGCACCUCACACUUUCUCCAUGGGAAUCUCUUCCAUUCCGCAGCUGGCAGCAUCUGGAAAUCUUGUGCCUUCAGGGGAAUCAAAGGAGAGGGGCUCAGGUCCCAGCUGGAGCCUUGCAUGGCCCUAUGAGGCUGCUUCAGCCCUCGGCCAUGCUCUCGGGUCCAUCCAUUUGCUCGUGUCCUGUACAGUGCACACGUGUUCCCAGCGAUAGCGGGACUCUUCCCCGUGCACUGGGCUGGCUGCUCCCCGGUCAGACCUGUGGUAUCAUUUGCUUGCAUUGCACUGAUGGUGGGAAUAUUUAAAGAAUUUUUAACCUUUUUGUUUAAUGUAAGUUCUGUCAUGUCUGUUGCUGCUGUGCAGAGGUGAAUACAGUGAGCACAACACACUGCCCGCUGCCUCCUCCUUCUCCCGCCGUCUCUGCCUAGCAGCCUGGGACACAAACCUGCUCAGGGAGACCUGUGCUGCUCUGCCCAGGAGCAGUAAA